AUGGUUGAGCCCCGGGAGCGGCGCAAGUCGGAGGGUGGCGUCGACCGGGGGGACGUGGUGAACUCUGAGAUCGAGGCGCUGCUGAACCGACCCGGCGCCAAGGUGCAAAAGGCAGACUUCGACGCGGGCGUCCGGCGCUUCCUUGGAGCGCUGACGGGCGGUCCGAACGGACAGCAGAAGAUGAAGGACGCCAUGGCGAUGCUGCACACCUACACCUCCCAGAAGUCACGGACUGCGGUCAAAAACUGGCCGGCCUACUUGCUGACGCUACUGAAGCGUUUCGAGCCUGGGGCGCUGGAGAGGAGGCUGACCGCCGGCGAGGCCGCCGCGGCGGGCCUGCCCAGCGCCAGCAGCGAAGCCACCGGUGAAGCCGCCAUCGCCGCGAACGCGGACAAGUUGGAAGAUGCGAUGCCAGGAGCGGAGGCUGAGGAAGGCAAGGGAGGUGACGAUCCUGAACCUUCAUAG